CUCCCUCCCUCCCUUCUUCCCUCCCUUCCUCCAUACCAACCUCCCUCCCUCUCUGGAGCUCCUGCUCUCUCCCUCUCCCUCCUCUCCCGUGCUCCCUCCCUCCCUCCCUCCCUCUUUCCCUCCCUCCUCUCCUCUCUCUCUCCUCUCCUGCUAUAGAGGGCUCCGACAGCAGUUCCCAGCCAGCGUGUUCAGCCUGCCUGCCUGCCUGCCUCUGUGUGUGUGUGAGCGUGUGUGCGUGCGUCUACUUUGUACUGGGAAGAACACAGCCCAUGUGCUCUGCAUGGACGUUACUGAUACUCUGUUUAGCUUGAUUUUCGAAAAGCAGGCAAGAUGUCCAGCACACCACAUGACCCCUUCUAUUCUUCUCCUUUCGGCCCAUUUUAUAGGAGGCAUACACCAUACAUGGUACAGCCAGAGUACCGAAUCUAUGAGAUGAACAAGAGACUGCAGUCUCGCACAGAGGAUAGUGACAACCUCUGGUGGGACGCCUUUGCCACUGAAUUUUUUGAAGAUGACGCCACAUUAACCCUUUCAUUUUGUUUGGAAGAUGGACCAAAGCGAUACACUAUCGGCAGGACCCUCAUCCCCCGUUACUUUAGCACUGUGUUUGAAGGAGGGGUGACCGACCUGUAUUACAUUCUCAAACACUCGAAAGAGUCAUACCACAACUCAUCCAUCACGGUGGACUGCGACCAGUGUACCAUGGUCACCCAGCACGGGAAGCCCAUGUUUACCAAGGUAUGUACAGAAGGCAGACUGAUCUUGGAGUUCACCUUUGAUGAUCUCAUGAGAAUAAAAACAUGGCACUUUACCAUUAGACAAUACCGAGAGUUAGUCCCGAGAAGCAUCCUAGCCAUGCAUGCACAAGAUCCUCAGGUCCUGGAUCAGCUGUCCAAAAACAUCACCAGGAUGGGGCUAACAAACUUCACCCUCAACUACCUCAGGUUGUGUGUAAUAUUGGAGCCAAUGCAGGAACUGAUGUCGAGACAUAAAACUUACAACCUCAGUCCCCGAGACUGCCUGAAGACCUGCUUGUUUCAGAAGUGGCAGAGGAUGGUGGCUCCACCAGCAGAACCCACAAGGCAACCAACAACCAAACGGAGAAAAAGGAAAAAUUCCACCAGCAGCACUUCCAACAGCAGCGCUGGGAACAACGCAAACAGCACUGGCAGCAAGAAGAAGACCACAGCUGCAAACCUGAGUCUGUCCAGUCAGGUACCUGGGCUAGGAGCGAUCCCGAACUGCAGCCUCAACCCUGGGAGGGAUGGAGACCUGUGUCAUUCAACAGCAGUGACCCCUUCUGGCCAAUUUAAGGAGAAGCAUUGAGGGGCCCUGAAAGGAGUCACUUCCAGUCCUCCUCAGAGAUUGCUAGCAUUGCUCGUUCUCCAGUGUCAGGCUGCGCACUAAGGACAUAAACUCGCGUGGUUGUUACACAUCAGGAGGCGAUGUUUAUUUCCUGUAGAAAUCAAAUAUGCGUCUCGGCCCCCGACAUUGAGACUUGACCCCGUUGUACAGUACACGAGUGUGUCUGUCCUAGAUUCCCCGACUCCUCCCACUGUUAUUUUAAGCUGAGCUUCUCUCUCCCAAGGUUUCCCUGUAAUAAUGUCAGCUGCUGUUCACAGGAUGUGAUGGUGGUAGGAGAGCCAACUCUGAUGGGAGGUGAGUUUGGGGACGAGGACGAAAGGCUAAUCACUAGAUUAGAAAACACGCAAUAUGAUGCGGCCAACGGCAUGGACGACGAGGAGGACUUCAACAAUUCACCCGCGCUGGGGAACAACAGCCCGUGGAACAGUAAACCUCCCGCCACUCAAGAGACCAAAUCAGAAAACCCCCCACCCCAGGCUUCCCAGUAAGAUGAUCGGCACCAGAAUCCACUGUCAAUAGGCCCGUGGGUGAUCAUUACAAUUGCAGAUCUUUACUUACAGGAGAGGAAACAGAAGAGAUAAAAACUUUUCCAUGCAAAUAUCUAUUUCUAAACCACAAUGAUCUGAUUUUCUUUCUUCUUUCUUUUUUUCUAAUUGAGAGGCUUAUUCCCAAUAAGCUUCCAUGACCCUUUCUUGGAGGCCUUCACAGGUAAUACAGAUACUGGCACUGAUUGUAAUUAAAAUGAGAGAAAACUCUAGCGCAUCUUCUGGCACGGUUUUAACAACGUGUUUGUGUUGAAUUUCCUUUUUAUGCAUCAAACGAAGGCCAUAUUGUCCAUAAAUGCUCAGUGCUCAGGAUCUCAUUAAUAUGCCGAACCUAACUACAGAUGACUUUUUAAUAUUGUAAAAUAUUUUCUGCUUUUUGACUUGCAUCUGAGAGUUUCUUGUUUCAGUAAAAAAAGAAAAGACAAAAAAAUCAGCUUUGGAAAGUAAUUUAAAUGUACCUUAUUUUUUUUUCUUUAUGUUUUCUUUCAUUGGGCAACAGCUAAGAGGGCCCAGCAAGGUAAUUUAUGGUUGAGCUGAUGUCAAUUGGUUCUUGUCUUGAGUCGACUCAAUUUAGCCCAAGUGCUGAAACAAGAAAUGUCAUUUUUUUCAUCAAAGACACCAGGGCAGAUUUUUAAGUAAAGAAAGACAAUUGGACCCUUAAGAAUUUAUGCAUUUGUAAAGUUGCUGUUGAUCCAAAUAUUUUCAAGCCAUGUAAUCCAUUGGUUUUGUGGGCAGUUUAAUUAAUAAACCUGAACCUUUGUGUGUUUUCUAAUUGUACCUGAGUUGACCAUCCUUUCUUUUUAUAGUAUAUUUCUUGUAUGAUAUUUUGUAAAGCUCUCACCUGGUUCUUUUAUGGGGACUUUUCAUUUUUGGGCAACUCCAGUGUAUUUAUGUGAAACUUUAUAAGAGAACUAAUUUUUCCAUUUGCAUAUUAAUAUGUUCCUCCACACAUGUAAAGACACAGUGGCUCCGUGUGUUAAAAAACAGCUGUAUUUUAUGUAUGCUUUACUGAUAAGUGUGCCAAUAAUAAACUGUGUUAAUGACCAAA